AUGGACGACGGCGAACCCAACCAGCAGCCGCACGCGCCCGCCGGUUACGGCCACGACGUGCCAGCGCGGUCCGACAUCGACGAGAUCCUGAGGCGGAAGCGAAAGGCCCGUGAGUACAAGGCCUGUUAUCCUUGUCGCCAACGGAAGGUCAAAUGCGACCAGUCGGUUCCGUGCAAAACAUGCGUUGUCCGUGAGCAUCCGGAGCUCUGCACGUAUCAUCCUCCUAGCGAGUCGCAUCCGCCUGCGAAACGCCUGAGCAUGGGCGUUGGCCAGAAUGGGAACGACUUUUCGAACGGGAUGGUGCACAUCCAUGGCGGCACUGUCACACUUCCGCGAGAGGACUGGGAACGCAUCUGCGCAAAGCUGCAGACGGCAGAAAAGUCGCUGGCGGAUCUGAAAAACUCGGUCGCGAGCGUCUCCGAAGUGUCGCCCAAUGCGCCCGCGAACGGAUACUCUCCAGCGACGGCUGGCAACACUCCGCUGGCCGCCUCUGCGCCCAUCGACAGCGAGACGAGCCACGUCAGGACGCAGGGCAUUCACACCUACAACGACUUCACCGGGCAGACGAUUCACGUUGGACCGAGCUCUGUACCGGCGCUUGUGAUGGCGCUAGGCAAGGGUGACAGCCAGUUUCCGGGCAUACAGGACGUCUUGGGCAAGAAGAGCAUGUUACCCAUCUUCGGCUUGGACAACGAGACGGCUACAUAUCCUUUUGUCGACCUUUGGGGUUUGCCCCACGGAUCUAUCCAAAGAGCGCAGGAGCUAGCCAACGCGCUUCCCAACGAUACUGAAUGCCUGAGCUUCUUCCGAUCCUAUCGAGAGACGGCACAUGUCGUAUAUCCGGCGGUUGCUGACAUCGAAGGCGUAGAGUCGGAUUUGUUGCUCUUCUUGAUCAACCGGGCAAGCACCCAGGGCACCAACGGCAUCACCGACGAGCAGAUCUAUGGCAAAGAUUUCCACUGGAUAGGUCUGGUGUUUGCUAUUCUUGCCUCAGGCUGCCAGUGCUCGACCCUGAGCAGGAAAGAGCGGGAGUUGACUUCACAGGUGUACAUCUGCUGCAGCUUCGAGUGUCUCCGCUUCACCAACUUUCUUUCACAUGCGACUUUAGAAAACAUCCAAACGCUCCUCAUUCUUGGGAACGUUAUCUCCAAUAACAUGAACGCCGGCGUCUCUUGGAGCUUGAUGGGCCUUACCGUCCGCUUGUCGCAGACACUUGGUCUACACCGAAUGUGCCCUUCAUCCACGCCUCUGCCAAUUCGAAUUGCUCGCAGCAAAGUAUGGUGGGCAUUGUUAUGGCAGGACUCGUUGCUCUCCAUUUCCUACGACCGUGCGUCCUCAACCACCACCAUCGACCACACCAUUCCCCUGAGCCCGCAUACCGCGCCCGGUACAAGAACAUAUGUCGAGAGCAUGUAUCGUCUUUGCAAAGUGGGUCUCGAUAUUGUCCGAGAGCGUCAGCGUCCACAAAACUCACAGGAGGCUCUUAUGCGCAUCACGGAGCACCGAAACGAGCUUCAGGAGAUCAUGGUGGAUGCUGCAGAUUACCUAAAAGACUCUAGGCGAUGUCGAUCGAUGAGGGACCAGCUGGAACACUGGGCCUUGUACUUGCACAUUUCCUACAUCACGUCCGAACUUUGUCGGCCUGCGAUCAGCCCAAGCACGGCAGGCUUCGAUCUAUCGAAGACUCUGCGCAAAGUGUGCAUCGACAGCCUCACCAACACCGUUGAAGCGUUCCUCGGUCUGCAAAACAUGACGCCAUUUGCUACCCGCUCGUGGGCUUCCGUCCAUCGAUCCAUCAGCACAGCCCUUCUCCUCGGUAUCAUUGGCGAACACAACCGCAACGAACGAGCCCGGUCCCUCCUGACAAACCUCGUCCAGGUCCUCGGCGACGUCACUGCGAGCGUCGACCCAGCAGAGCUGUCAGCUCCCAUGCAACGAUCAGUCUCAGCACUUCAACGGCUGCUGAGCGUUCCAAGUGCUCCCAGGAAGACAAGCGAGGCCGGGUCCCAGUCGUCUCCUUCGGUGGCACAGUUCACUACUGAUGAACUUAAUGGCGUUCUCAAUGGCGAUGGCUCACUGACGCAGUCUCCUCUGCUGGGGCUGGAACUUGACUCGUCGCCAUAUGCUCUGAUGGAGUCUAUCGUGUGGGGUGCCCAGAAGACGCCUUGA